AUUUUAUUCAACGUGUCUCCUGUUUAUCGUGUACCUAUGUAUCUGUCUAUAAAUACAUGAUGAAAGAAUUGCAUUAACAAUAUCUUUCUUGUUUCUGAGUGAAUUUUUUUUGUGUGUGUAUUUUGGGGGAGAAAUGAGUCGAGAGACGAAUAAAAUUGGUGGGAGUAUUGUGAAUAAAAUGGACAGAAAGACCAUUGAAAAGAACAGAAGAAUUGUCAUGAAAGAUUUGUGUUUCAAGCUUAAUUCUCUCAUCCCUUCUCAGCAUUUCAAACCAGCAAAGGAAGUUUUAUCACAACAAGAUCUGUUCGACCAGGCCGCAAGUUACAUUAAGCAACUUAAAGAAAGAAUAGAACAAUUAGAGAGUAGAAAGAGACUAUCAGCUUUGAGCACUGCAGAUGAAACAAACAAUAGUAUUAGAAAUUCAGUUAUGAAUGGAGUAAAAUUGCCAAUUUUGAGAUUUAGAGACUUUGGUUGUAGCUUUGAAGUUGUUUUGAUAAGUGGGAACAACAAGAAGUUCAUGUUGGGUGAAGUUAUUCAAAUACUUGAAGGAGGAGGAGCCGAAGUCAUGACUGCUAGUCUUUCUAAUAUUGGCUUCAAUGUUUUCAUCACGCUUCAUGCUAAGGUUAAAGUUAGCAGAGUUGGUGUGGAUACUUCUGGGGUAUUUCAGAGGUUACAAGCAUUGAUUUCUUCAAGCAAUAUUCCAUAGACUGAGCAGGAGAAAAUAAAGCAAAUGUUAAUUGCUGAAGCUAUGCUUCCACAAUAAUUGUUUACGCGUUUUCCACUAUUGUAAGAAUCAAUUUCAAUAAAAGUCCCAGUAGAAUUAUCUCU